AUGCUUGGUGGGAUUUUCCACAAGCGCAAGAAGAGUCAAGAGCUGCGGUCGCCGUCGCUUCAAGACCUCAAGAAGUUUCGAGAUGCCUAUGCCAAGUAUGCAGAUCUCCGCCAAGUGGACCCCCCUCCGUGCUUUGAAAAGAGUGUUUACAAAGCCAUAGCUGGACAGAAGGAGCUGCACACUGUGGAAUUCAGACAGGAGGAUAUCACGGAUCCACAAAUGAUCGCGUUGGCGGAAGCUCUCCUGGAGAUGCCGAUCGUGUCUUCUCUUGACCUGCGUGACAACCGCAUAACGGAUGAUGGGGCGAAGGCGUUGCUAGAAGUUCUUCGAUUGCAGAUCAUCGCAGCCAAGACCCCGCCCACAAUCGAUCCUCGAACAAAGCAACCGCUGUACCCGCCACUGCCCGAGUACACCCGGUACGUGACGAAUGUUAAUCUGAAGGGCAACGAGGUGUCGGCGUCCGUCUUGCAAGAACUUUCGCACUACAUGGACGUUUUAAGGCGAGAAGACAAGCGAUUGGAGAUUCGAGCAGCGCUGAACCGCAUCGAUCGCAAUCAUGACGGGAGUAUCGACGAGGAGGAGUUCAAGGGCGUGCUCAAGCUGUUGACGACAUCCACGCCCACGAAAAAGGAGAUCCGAGCCUUUAUGCAGCAGCACACGCUGUCCACUGACAGCACCCAGAACGCCGUCAACCUGGAGAAUGUUCUACUCGCCAAGUGCGCGGUGUCACCUUCGAGACACUCGGCCUGUCCGCCAUGGGAAGCGUUAGUUCAAGAGCGCCACGCCAUACUGGGAGCUCCCCGCAUGGCACCAACACUGAUGUCCACUUCGCUACAUGCAGAGACUCAUGACCCCCCAGCGUCGAAGGCAAGCCUCGUUCGUCCAAGCCUCACGUCUUCUGAUGUUGGCAUGACCUCUGAUCCAUUCUUCCACAGCAACAGUACUUCCGACUUAUCUCCUCUCUCAUCACCAUCGACCCAAGCUCCAGUUGCACCGAUUGAUAUGGGGAACACUGUGCCAAAGCCCCCACCGGCCCCCGUCGUGAAUGCGUCGGUAGCUCCCCAGCAGCCUCAAGUCGUGACUAAGGCCUCUGAAUCGAAAAGCGCGACGUUGUCACAGCCAGAGCAGCCACCCGUUUUCUCCAAGCCUCCACCAGUACCGAUAUUAUCGCUCGCUUCAGUAUUGCAACACCCAGUGAGUCGCAGCCCACGUUCUGCUCGAUCAAGCGUUGAUGACGAGGGGCAUCGAAAUCCGUCGCUGGCAGGACCAAACUCCAUUAUCUCGGUGCCGUCGUCACCCCACGACUCCGACAUCAGCGACAGCAUGAGCGUCGUGUCUUCAGCAUUCGGAGGAUCCGUCUCGCAGCGUGUUUUGGAGGACCACGAAUCUGUCAGCGUGUCAGAACGUAAAACUCGUGCAGCUUCGAGUCUAACCCCCGCCUCAACAACCCUCGACUCACCUCGUUGGCAGAGCGAACACUUCUCGGCGGAGGACGAGGAGGGGAUGAGCAACGGGGCUCCUGGCGGUGUUCGAGAAGAAGGUGACGAAUUGAGUUCUGGCAACGUAGAUGAUGAAGCCCGUUCAGUUUACUGUCACAGGGGUCCGAAGUCUCUGGUCACGUCUGGAAGCAGCAAGGACGAGGAGGAAGUCGAAGAACGCGUUGACUCGCUCAUGUUUGACGUAAUGAAAGACGGCAAAGAGCGAUUCGUGAUGAAACUGAUCCACUCCGAGUUCAGGAGUGGACUACCGGUCAAGGACUUCCCAGCCGAGUUGCCAUUCCGAAACGUACUGGCACUACUUCUCCCUGAAAAUGGGUUAUCGGAUCUUACGCUGUUUGCAGAGUGCCGCUUUCCCUUCGUCAUCGUGCUUGACUUGUCGAAGAACAAACUGUCCAAGUUACCAGAUGACGGACUGACUGCGUUUCCACGACUUGAGGUGCUGAAUCUAGGUAAUAACCAGCUGAAAACUAUCACAGGACUCACGAAGACGCUCAAGCUCCGAGCACUUUGUGUCAGCCAUAACGCCAUCCGCACAGUGAAAAACGUUGAGCAUCUCUUGCAGCUGGAGAUACUGCAGCUAGCCCACAACCAGAUCGCCACCGUCCACGCUCUACGGAUCUUGUCCCUCAACAAAGUACUGGCACACUUGAAUCUGGACGGGAACCCGCUUGUCCAGACGGACGAGCGCCAAAAGCGGAAGAACAUCGUCCACGUGCGAAAUCUGCUGCCUGCGUUGCAGUCACUUGGGUCAAUCCCCUGCUUUGGUCUUCACACGAAGGACAAAAAGAAAGCGGACGGCAGUGCCAACCCCGGCAAGAGCUUGUUCGAUAGCGAUUUGAUACCGGACUAUAAGAAGUUGUGGGUCUCAACUGCAUGCGAUACUCUUCACAUCUUACAAGACGCUACGAGUCUCGGUUCAGGUCAAAGCCAACAUGACGAUGAUGAAUGGGACACAAGGGAUGAAGACGGAGGCGACGACAGACCCAAGCGCCCACUCACCCGCGAGCAACAGCGUCAGAAAGAUGAGCUUCGAAGCCGAGCCAUUGGAUUUCGGUCGCGAGGGAAAGCUAUCCCCUCACCGCCGAAGGUGAAGACAUCCGUGUACUGCUUUGGUCCACCGCAACCUCCAUCACUAAAGAAGAAAGGCAAGAAGAAGGCAGCCCCGGCAGAUCCAAAGGUUGUAAGAGAGCAACAACGUCGAGCUAGUGAGCUCAGCGCCCCCAAACAUGCCCCAGUCGACAAAACCUUGAUGCACCAGGAGCAGAAGCGAAAGUCGCGGGUGGAUUUCCACGCGGCGAUGACAGUUGGAGAGAGGCUUCAACUCGCACGUGACAUGACUCAGCGACGGCCGACUGCUACUAUCGGGCUUAGUGCUCGAUCGCGGUCCAUUCUGGCGAAGGCGGAUAGUCGCAAGCGAGCGAGUACAGCGGCUUCCAUGACGAUACAAGAGGAAGCGAGUGGACUGGAGGGUAAUGCAAGACCGCUAAGCCCUCGACAGGCUUCCCCCAUCAAAGACGCAAUGGUGUUUCGCGUCGAUCCGGCUAAUACCCCGCGGUCACCCAAGGGCGUCCUUACUUUCCGUGUUGAUCCGCAUCCUGCUGGGGCAGGGGGUCAACAAGGCUCACCGAAAUGCAUCGGGUCAAAGGAAUCUGGCUUCUUGCACGACUUGGCAGUCUCUGACUUUUUGAACCACGCAGAGGAGGAGUUUUCAACUGCGUUAACGGCUCUGAACGUGCUGCUGUCGAUGAGUGAGAAGGAGCACGGUGACCGCAAGAAACUGGCAGAUUAUCGAGCAAGCCUCGACGCCUUGGAUAUCCUAAACGAGCACGAGAGCCAGGAACUGUUCAAAAAGGCACACGGACACCCUGAACACGAGUUGCAAGCCCAAUGUACGGAAUGGUUUACCAAGCUUGGAGUCGUGAAGAAGUGCAUGCGUCAAUUGCUAGAGAAACUGGAGGUUCACGCACCAGGUUCGGGUGUGAUUCGGGCCUAUUGCCGGUGCCUCCGCGGGAACGAGCUGCGAGGAAUUAUCACCACGAUGCUCGAGGAUGAAGACUUGAGCGAGCCACAGGUAGCAGAAAAUAUCGAGGAUACCACCAGCAACCAAAACGCUGAUGAAAACCCGUGGACGGAUGAUACGACAGAAGCUACUGGUGGUGUGGAGGAGGCAGCAAUUGUGACGGAAAUAGAAGAGGAAGCAAGAGAGGGACCAGUUGAAGCAACAACGGCUCAAAAUGAGGACUACGACUGGCUGGCUAACUCGACCGAGCUCGAUGCAGAAACUGCUGAAGCCGACUCGUUCGAGCACGAAAUGGCCACCGUUUCCGAAGACGAAGCGGAUGUAGCUCAUCAAGAGCAAGCUGAGCCACCUCAGGACUAUAACUGGUCCACCGCAGAAGCCACUGAGCCAACCAUCGAGGAAGGAGCAGAGACCUCAGAGGAGGCGCAGAAUGACGUUGAUGGCGAGGCAUACGAGAACGAGGAAGCGUACGAAAACGGUGUGGUUGAAGACAACGGCGACUACAGUGUGGAUGGAGAAGUUGCAGCUGAGGACACUGAGGACACAGACGCUCAAUACGAGCUAGGAGGGGGCGUGGAUGCAGACGACGAGGAGGCAGAAACGUUUGGUGACUGGGAGAAGGGCUUCGAUCCGAAUUCCAACCACUACUUUUGGUUCAACCACAGCACCGGCGAGAGCUCGUGGACGCCACCAGAGGGGUGGCCGUACGAAGUUGAUGAGCCUUUCAGUGCAGAGAAUGAAGAUGCUGCUGAAGGGGCUGAAGCUGGAGAAGAGCAGCAAGACCAAGAGUAUGAUGAACAGGGCACAGAGGCUCAGGAGUAUGAAGAGGGCGGUGUUGAAGAGCAAGAGUAUGCUGAAGGAGCCGCUGAAGGAGAAUACUACGAGGAGGAAGCUGGCCAGGACUACGCGACUGAAGACCAGAACUAUGAGGUCGCCGCGGACGAGGGGCACACAGUAGAGCAAACCGAAGAGGAGUCGCCACGGCGUAGCGAGGUGUCUGACUUUGAGUUCGACGACAGCGACCUGCCCGGCUUCUGA